AAAGUGUCACGUCAAGCCGAGCUGGAAUGCCAGGUUUAGGGACUCAACCAAUUGCGUCUAGUCGCACGGAGUUUGUGUCGGUAUUUGGCGGAAAGUUUCAUUUCUCCCAGUUUGUAAUCGAUAGCAUUGAAGUGUUCUGUUUUAAUAGUCGCACAAGAUGAGAGGACGUUAUAAAAGACUGGAGGGCAAGGCGCGAGUGCACGAAAGACUCUACAGCGGCGCUCAUCCAGUGUCUGAGGCACUGGGAGCUGAGGCACACACAGCCCCAUCGGAUUCACCUGGCUCCGGGGUGCGUGUUCACGAGGGGGGCGACUGUGAAACAGCUCCAAAGCACUGCAAUGACGAUAGCAAGAAGGUCUACCUUGGAGUACGCGUGAAGAUGCCUGUCAAGGAUAUGCUUCGGAACAUCCGCAUAGCCCAGGGCAGAGAGCCCCAAGAUCUUCAGAGCCCGAACAGCAAAAGAGCCAAAGGGGAAAAGAAGCUAUAUAAAAGUCGCCCAGGAAAUAGAACAAGCAAGAGAAAAAGCCCCGCCAAUAGCCUAGAGGAGCUGGCAAUCAUCGUUGAGGUGCUGGAGGAGGAUCUGAGAACAGGCACCACAAACAGUUUUCCUAUCCAAAUGUCCUCUGCCAGCUCACCAGUUUCACCUGAGUACAAUUUUGAGCCAAAUGGUACAGGUUACAACAGUGAUGGCUCUGAUGAAAUCAUCCCCAGCCCCUCUUCCCAUACGACCUACUCCCCCGGGACAGAGGAGUACCACCAAAGCUCAUCUCCUCCAGGCAUUAUGACUCCAUGCUUUCAGCCCACGUGGACAGGAGACAGUUGGUUUGCUAACUGCGUGAUGAGCGGCUCCGAGUUCUUUCUGGCGCAGAUGCAGAAGGAGGAACUCCAGCUGAGGGACAUCUCUGACGAAGCACUGCUGGCCACUGAUAGACAAGGCCGAACAGCUCUCCAUAAUGUGGCAUGUGAUGGCAGGAGGGCACUGGCCUACGUAAUUGCAAAAAGGAUGGCUUCCAUCAACAGCUUAGACACAAAAGACUCGGAUGGAAUGACUGCCCUCCUUCUCGCAGCCAAGCGCAACCAUCACCUGAUAGUGGAGGAUCUGAUCAAUUUAGGUGCUUGUGUCAAUGAAAGAAACAACUUGGGAAAAUCUUGCCUUCACCUCAGCGCGGAGAAAGGCUUCAUCCGAGUGCUUGAGGUUCUGAAACAUGUUAUGAUGCAAGGUGUGUACAUUGAUGUCGAAGCCACCGAUAAGUAUGGGAUGAGUGUUCUUCAAUGUGCUUCAGUGGCCCUCAAGGUGACAUUGCAGCGGUUGGAAUUGAGCAAGAGCCUCAAUCAGAUCAGGCUCCACGUGAUCCGCAAGGAACGGCUCCUAGAGACCCUAGAGUGUCUGCUGCAAAUGGCCAGCUACUCUCAUGUCAUGGGGACCUGGGGAAUGAACGCCUAAGCCGCAGCACGUCAGCUCGGUAGAGACCCGACAGUAAUGUUCUGAGUAUGAACAGGCUUGGUUUAUGAUAGAGUCCAUAAAGUGACUUCUCUCAUAAAUCCCGUCCUGUUAUGUAAAGCAUCUAGGGUUGUGAAAAAUAUAAAUAGCCUGAUUUAGAAUCAGGUUUUUUUUUAAAUCUUCACAAAGUUUAGGUGCCCAUUAGCUGGUUUCUGUGAAACUUCAUUGUUUGUUACAUCCAAGUAACAACUUGCCUUCAGUGUGGUCCGGUUGUAUUCCAAUGGAAAGGUACUUUUUCAAUGUCAUCUAGCAUGAUGGCACAGUAUGUGUUGGUAGUGUAUCAGGUCACAAAUCCAUGAUUUGGAUCUCAUAAAGCUCGACUAAAGGAUUUGUUUCUUUGUAUAAACACCAAUGUUAAUCCAUGCAUAUAUCAAACAAACAAACUCCUACAUAAAUGGUUGAGCUACAUCACAUUCAAAAAUUUGUCAUCAGCAGACAAUUAACUUACCUUACUAAAUAAUUAUAAUUGAAGCUAGGACAGUUUGGACAUUUUACAUUAGUAUCAAACAGUCCAAUGUCAUUGUCUGUUUGUGUCAAUUUCCAAGAUUUGCAUCUUGAUACACAGUAACACUACUAGGUUUACAACAAUGAUACAGGAUCUAAAUCAUACUUGUGUAUGACAAGGCAUUAUAUUACGUAUGUUGAAAAUGUGUAUUGGGGAUUACCUGUAAAGUAUGUUGAAUGAAUGAAUGAAUUUUCAUUCUUCUAUCUUCUCAAAUUUGUCAUUUACUAUUGCCAUGUACGCACUUUGGAUGGGGCAACCCUAAAAUGUGGGCAAUCCCUAUCAAAUCUGGCCCUGUGCAUAUGUUGCAUGAAUUCCAUGGACGUAAGCACUUUUCCUCUUCGCACUUCUGAGACUGUAGGAAGUCCAGCGCCUCUUCAAGGUGAAAACAUGAUCUUGGCGCCAUGGAACUCUCCUGGAGCUUUUCCACUUCUAACUUGCUCCUGGUAGCUUGGAGGUUCUUUUUGUUUUGUUUUGUUUUGUUUUUUUGCAUGGCUCCUAACAUUAUAACAACUACAGAUAUUAUAAUGAUGUAAGGGUGAGUUAGAUAAUGAAUUAAAAUAUCCCCCCUCCCAGUCAGUUGUCAAAUACGGCCACGUGACUUGCCCAGCCAGAACACCCAUCUUCUUAGUGAUGUUUUGUAUUGUAGAGG